AUGAAGACAACAGCUGUGACUGCUACGACAACACGUACUAUGGCACCACCAUCGGAGAUGAUUUCUACGUCGGCUGCUACGAGAAUACAUACCACAACAUUGCCAUCGGGGAUGAUCUCUAGCGUUACAACAACAGCUGAAGAUGAGAGCUUCACAGAGCCGUACGAUAGCGAGGAGAAGAAGCAUGGACGAAAGAGACAUAGUAUGGCAACUCUCCUUAUUGUGGUUGGAGCCAUAGUAUAUGCGAUGCUUCUAUUGCUCAUUCUUCUUGUUCUCACCAUAAUGAGAUUACGAUCAGCUAAAAGACGCCGAAAGCGUCCAAAAGCACAUCAUCGGCGGGCCGAGAGUAGAGAAAAGAGCAAAGAACGCACACCAAUUACAACCGGAACAACUACCGUAGAUCUGUGGAAUGACCCGACAGUAACGCCACAUGACUCGAUAGGAACGCCGGAGCCGACAGUAACGCCACAUGACUUGAAAGGAACGCCGCAUGAGCCGAUGGGAACGCCACAUGGCCCGUCAAUAACGCCACGGUCGAAAGAGUCAGCGGUACAGUUAAAAAGCGAUUAAUAAGACUAAAGAACCGAUGUUGAUAUGUAUAAGUCACCAAUGAUGCUCAUGAUUUUUCGGUAUCACAUAGC